GUACAGGUCUCAGUACACGUCUGCUUAAAACUUUACAUGGGCGUUGUGGCAGGAACUCGAUCUCUCUUUCAUUCCUUAUGUACAAAGGAAACCUGAGCGGUUAUGGAAGAGAAAAGGAAAGCACAGGGAUUGGUGAAGCACACAGGAGGCUGCCACUGUGGCGCGAUCCGCUUCGAGGUGUGGAACGCUGCUGAUUUGCACGUGUUUGAUUGCAAUUGCAGCAUUUGUACCAAGAAACAGAACCGGCAUUUUAUUGUUCCCCAGGCCUACUUUACGUUGCUUCAGGGCUCAGAGAACAUAACCACAUACACUUAUAACACACACACAGCCAAGCACACGUUUUGCAAGAUAUGUGGCGUGCAAAGUUUCUACACACCUCGAUCAAAUCCUGAUGGCUUUGGUGUGGCUGUGCAUUGCCUGGAUCCUGGAACUGUAAAGAGUGUGACGGUUGAACAGUUCUGUGGUGUGAACUGGGAGGAGAGCAUGAAGAAACACACCACCAUCAGGAGUAUGUCCAAAACUAAAGAAGACGCCGAAUAAUCUACUAAUACACAAAUGUGUCCUUUAAAAAAUAAUAAUAAUUUUGUUUGGGCCAAAUGAUAAAGGACACACUUGAUACCUUUAAAGCAGUGGUUCUGAAAGCAGACGUGCCAGAUGGGAUAAUUAUGAAGUCCUCUCUGAGUUAAUCUUCUUCUUGGGGUCACCACAGCGAAUCAUCAGUUUCCACCUAACUCUAUCCUUGGCAUUGUCUACUCUUGCACCAAUUACCUUCACGUCCUAUUUUAACACAUCCAUAUAUCUCCUCUUUUUCCUUCCUCUUGACCUCUUACCUGGCAACUCCAUCUCCAACAUCCUUCUACUAAUAUAACCAUCUCCCUCCUCUGUACAUGUCCAAAACAUUUCAAGCUCGCCUCACUGACCUUGUCCCCAAAACAGCCAACCUGAGCUGUCCCUCUGACGUCCUCGUUCCUAAUCCUGUCCACUCUGAGUUAAUACAACUGUAUUAAAGCACAGCUAGAAUACAGAA